AUGUUUAGAGGUGUUUUCACUAGAGGAGCAUCGCUUUUUGGCUCUAUCUCUAAUGUCUCUUCUUCAAUACUCAAGUCGAAAAUGGUUAUGAACAAUGGAUUCAUCAACAUGGCUCAUCCAGUAAAUAACACAUAUGGGUCACAGAUAUUAAAGCCAUUUACAUCAUCUUUAUUUCAAAUAAGUCAGCAAAGGAAUGUGACUCUUAACCAGACACGAAGGGGAAAAGGAUACCAUAAGAAAAAGGCUAAUACGACUAAAUCACCCCAUCUUAAAGGAUGUCCUAUAAAGAAAGGUGUGAUCAUAAGAGUUAUGAUAUUAAAGCCAAAGAAGCCUAAUUCGGCACAGCGUAAAGCGGCCAGAGUCAGAUUGUCCAAUGGUGAAGUUGUGUCUGCUUAUAUUCCAGGUAUAGGUCACAAUGCACAAGAACAUUCUGUGGUGUAUGUUAGAGGUGGAAGAUCGCAAGAUUUGCCUGGUGUCAAAUACCAUUUAAUAAGAGGAGCAAUGGACUUGGCUGGUGUCGCUAAUAGAGUUACAUCUAGGUCGAAGUACGGAGUUAAAAAGCCUCAAAAGAAAGAGUAG